UUUGAGAGAUGGGAGUUGACAGGACGAGUGUGGCUGUUCGUCAGAAUUCCUAGCAGCUUUCCUACUGAAUUUGAAACCAUUCAUGGAAGCUGAUGGCUGUGCUCUCGUUCCUGUGCGUAAGAAGGCAAAACAGAAAAGUCAAGGGUUCUUUAUAAUGAGCCGACGGAGGAUAUCGUGUAAAGAGCUGGGGCAAGCCGAUUGCCAAGGAUGGCUCUACAAAAAGAAGGAAAAAGGAGCUUUCAUUGGCAACAAAUGGAAAAAGUUCUGGUGUGUGCUGAAGGAGUCAUCGCUGUAUUGGUACAGCAGUCAGCUGGCUGAAAAGGCAGAAGGAUUUAUCAGACUUCCAGACUUCUGCGUGGACCGAGCAACUGAAUGCAAAAAAAAGCAUGCUAUUAAGAUCAGCCACCCACAGAUCAAGACGUUUUAUUUUGCAGCAGAAAAUGUUCUGGAAAUGAACACGUGGCUAAGUAAGCUGGGGAUGGCUGUAGACCCUCAGGCAUGCAAUGGGAAGAAUGAAGAAGAAUGUUACAGUGAAAGCGAACACGAUGAUCCAGAAAUAACAGACACACCACCUCCCCCCUACACAGCCCAGCCACCACCUCCGCAUUUGGAUCAGCAGAAGUCCUCCUUGACCUCAACUCUGUCAAGUGAAGCAUCUUGUUCUGUCUUCUCUCCUGAAAGCACUUUCAACUCCCAAGAGUCAUCUUCUUCCUUGAUGUCCAAAGUGGUUUAUCCUGAGAGGCAGUCCUGGCUUGACCUAGUUAACAGCUCUGCUGUAGAAGAGGGUGAUCAGCCUUUAACCUUCUGUGUCCAGAUUCACUCUGAGGAGCAGCCAAAAGUGGACUGUGGAAAAGUGGCAGAAAACCAGGAGGUUCAGCCCAGUGGUGGAUCCCAAAAUUCUUUGUUAACUCCAGAUAUGCAUUGCCUAGCCAUGCUAGAUGCAACAGGACAGAAAUUGCUAGCCAAAGAUCAGGGAAAAUGCCCCGAUGAUGAGAUGGAACGACUUUAUAAGUCAUUAGAACAAGCAAGCUUGUCUCCCAUUGGUGAUCGUCGGCCUUCAACCAAGAAAGAGCUUAGGAAGUCAUUUAUCAAACGCAGCAAAAAUCCUUCUAUUAAUGAGAAACUCCACAAAAUUCGAAUGCUGAAUAGCACAUUAAAGUGUAAAGAACAUGACCUGGCAACAAUUAACCAGUUGCUAGAGGACCCAAAAUUGACGGCAAUGAAGUAUAGAGAGUGGAAGAACACAAACAUCAUGCUGGUUCAAGAUAUCUAUCACCAGCAGGACACCCAGGAUGUGUCCACAGAGAACAGCGAGGAGCAAGAGAUGACUGCACUGUCUGUUGCUGAAAGUGCUAUCUGAGGCUGUGGAUCUCUGGUACACAGCGAGAUUUUCCUCCACCAGUCUUCACAUACAGGCACUUUAAACUGCUGCAUUCUGAGGUUUGUUUUGCCAAGUGUUCUUCAUGAGGAAAACAACCCCUUCUCCAAAGCUUUAGUUCAUUUUGCACAACUUACUUCAUACCGAAAGAGUGAUUUCCCCAAAUUAAAAAAAGCAUGUCUGUAUCUGAGCGGUAUAUUUAAGAAGAAUAUUAUCUGAAGCAGAAAAGAAAUGUUUUUCCAUUUUGAGAGAAGUAAAUUGAAUGUGCGCAGCUCCUGGAAUUCACAGAACUGUCUAAGAACUGCACAGAUGUCAGAUCCUUGGGGUCAUUUUAACCAUGUGACUUACUGAUAAAGGAAGCUACAAUAAUGCCAGAAGGAUGUAAUCUACUCUCUACUUUUUGACCCUGCCUGCAAGGAUCAAACUUAUUUCAGUAAACUGAAAUAAGUAUUUUCAUCCCUACAUUCAUUCACUUUGACUGAUUUACUAGUUUAAACUGAGACAAAAAGAAUAGUAAUUAUGCAUGAGUCUAUACUACAGACAACUGUCAGGCACCCGGUCUGUGCCCUGCCUGACGUCUUAAAAGUUUCACAUCUAUUUAUGGACCAGACCAAAGUACUGUCUUUCUACAUCAAGAGGAGAAUGUCUCUCAGUAUGUUUGGUGACAUACAGAUUACUCUUUAAUGAGGCAAAUGAUGUUUCAACAAGUUUCAACUCUUCUUAUGGACAUGACAGAACUUCCCUGAGGACUAUUUGCUUCUUACAUAUUUUUUACAGUACUGAAUACAUAAGGUACAAGUUCAUCCCAAAUUCCUAAUUAGCAAAGUGAUGAAGUCCCCUAAGCAGAAACUAAAUCCUUAGAUUCCUGCUGCAGAACUGAAAGUGUAAAACAUAGCUGCAAAUAUUUUUGUACAUAUAUGUCAUUUUAUGGCUUAUAUGAAUGUGACCAUGUACUAUAUAUAUGUUCUAUUUAUAUAUUUAUAUAUGUUGAAUUUCCUAAUGUAGAUAGGAACACAUGGACCACACCCACCCAGAUGAGAGUGCUUACAUGUUGACUUGAAGUGAAAUGUCUCCUUGUUCUUUGUACUAUUACUCUUUUAAGUAUGAAUCACAGUAAUGGCUCUAUAACUGAGACUGCACUGGGACUUCUGCUGUAACUUUUUCUUACUUCUUUCACUGUAGCUUUGAGAUUUGAGGAAUAUUUGCAUAAUUUCAGGUAGGAAAAUAUGUUUUCUAGAAAAUGUCAUAGUCCCACAUUGGACAAACAAAAAUGAGUACAUUAAGAAAUUGUGCUACAGGCUUAUAAUUUUUUGGCCUCACUGUCCUCAGCACAAGGUGUGUUUUUGCCUUCCCAUCUUGAGUUCAAGUAUAAGGAACUUUGCAGAGUGCUGAAUUUUGAAAAACAAGAAUUAGCCCACCAUUCUCAAAUUAAUGCCAUUACUGGAACUGUGGGAAUUUGCACAUCUGUUGGCUAUUUUGAAAAGAUAUGCUUUGUCGUUAGUUUUUAAUACAUCUUACCUUUUAAAGCAAAAUACACAAUACAGACACAACCAUAUUCACUUGCCUUUAAGCAUGGUAUGUUUUAUUAUAAUUUUAAUUAAGAAGGUAAAUGUUAAUAGUCUUUUUAGGAACAGAUGACUCUUUUCCUCCUGCUUCGCAAAAAGUCUGAUUUGGAUAUUGCAUUUUUAACACUCAGCAGCUUGCCCUUUUGAACAGAGACAUUGAAUUCUUUCCUGAUGCAUCCAGAAAUGCCAGUUAGGGCUGGGUUGAGUGUAGGAACUGGGAUGUAGGUGGUAAGCUAUAAAGAAGGGGAAAUAGAAGGAAGAACAUAGGCUUUGAUACAAGCUUUAAUGGGGAAGGGGGAAUGGACACACAAGAUUGGGGUUGGUUGAAUGCAGAAGGAUGGCUGCGCUAGGGAUGUCAUCACUGCCUCAGGUAUAAAAGGCUUUAGGAGUGUCAUGGUCAGGAAUAAUACUGGGUUAUGGGGCUAGUCUGCUGGUGGGGAACAAAAGCUGGCUGAGACUUUAAAGUGGGUGACAAUGACUAAAUGGAGAAGGAGACAAACUACCCAAGUUGGUUAAAAAGCUUAUGUUUCCAGGAAAUUGUCAUAUGUGGUGAAUUCAUAAUUUCACUAAUUGUAACUAGAAGUUGAUGAAAAUUAAGGAAGCUCAAGAGCUGGUGGACUUUGAUUUUCAGUAAUGCCUUGUUACAAAAAUUGAACUUUUUUGAAGGUCUUUUAUCUUCCACCAUUCCCAGAAGCCCCACUGGACAGCAGGCGUCUGUGAGCGUUCAGCUCCUGCAUUGAAUUCUUCAAAGCAGCUGUGGGGGUGAAGAGGGAUCAACCGUGAGUUUGGCAUGUUGAUUAACUGCUCGGCACACAUUAAAAGAUAUGACUGUAGGGAUGAAUCUGCUUUGUCCAUCUCAGUUUUAAGUAGGUGGUGCUAAAUAAAUGAUAAAUAAUGGAGGUCCAAUUGUAUGCACACUUUGUUUUUUCUCUUACAAGUGCAGGCCAUUCUGUUUCUCAUGAAACAAAGCAUAUAUACACAAUUCUUUUUAAAAAGCAUCUUCUCCACUUAGAUCUUAAAAACCAAGCACAUGCUUAAAUGCUCUGUUGAAUAGGGCCAGACUAGUCAGUGCCUUGCAGUUCUGAGCAAAUCCUUGUUGACUCGCUUUGUUGAAGUAAAUGUGCAUUGUACAAAGGAGCGCACUGUGUUGCCUGUACACACUGUGUAGGCUCUUGUACACACCGUGCUUAUAUUAGCAUAUACAACUGUGGGAGCAGUUUUGCCAGAUACAGAGAGAGACAAAUGUCCUUGCGUUGUCCAAACUCUACUAUUGUUUUUGUUGACAUUGUAGCCUGAAAUAGUUUUUGAAUUGCUCUCUUUCAGCUGGUCAAUAGGUUAUUACUGUUGAACUACUGACUCUCGGUAAACCUGAUGAUGAUGGGUCGUAUCACCCCUCUCAGGAAAAAACAGAGAAUUCUUGAACAGGGUUGCUUGAAGGCAGCUAUCUCAGCAAAUU